AUGAAGUCUUUUCUCUUUGCGCUCGGCACUUGCAUGCCCUUUGUGGCCGCCAAUCCGUUCGGUACCGGCUCCUUCUUCGAGCGAGGUGUUUGUGCUGCAGAUAACUGCGCUAGAGCUGUUACGGGCUCAGCAGGUCAACCAGCUCUUGCGACCCGACACGCAGAUUGCUCUGCUUUCUUCAGUCCAGUUCCUACUCCGACAGUGCCAACCUACGCUUCUGCUUGCAGUGGAGCUGCUCGCUAUAGCAGUGCUUGCUCUUGCCUCGGUAUCACGGCACCGACGUAUACUUGUGUCAGCGCAGCUCAAGCGACCAACAUUGUCAACACCUUUGCUUCAUUCUUGACUGCUCCGCAGGCUGCAGACUUUUCGACAAAGGCGAACGCACUGCUAGCGGAUAACUUCACUGACACCAGCGACUCCAUUAAUUGGUUGGCCGGUUACCCACUUGGUGGCGUAACAUUCCCAAGCAAGGCCGCGUUCAUUGGCGGACAAGGAGCACAGCCACCGAUCCCGACCCUCACCACGCUCGAUAUUUUCUUCUCUUGCAAUAAGAUCGCCUGGCGAUGGCUCGCACAGGGCAUCGGAUCCGGCCAAUAUGAGGUCAAGGGUAUGGACAUGUUUACAAUCACACCGGCGGGCCAGAUCAGUCAAGUCUUUUCGGAGUUCAACAGUGGAGCUUGGGCAGCAGAUCUCGCCGGUGCCUCGUCGCCUUCAAACUCAUCAAGCACCACGACGACCGCCACCACCACCACCAGCGCAAUACCAACUUCAUCGGUGGUUUAG